AUGCACGAUCCGAUGGCAAUGCGUCCGUUCAUGGGUUACAACUUUGGUGAAUACCUCCAACACUGGAUUGAUCUGAACAAGCCCGGAAGAAAGGUACCAAAGAUCUACCAUGUGAACUGGUUCCGUAGAGAUGCUGACAACAAAUUCCUCUGGCCGGGCUAUGGUGACAAUAUCCGUGUUAUCGAUUGGAUUGUUCGCCGACUUGACGGUGAGCAGGACAUCGGUGUCGAUACUCCUAUCGGAGUUGUGCCUAAGAAGGUGAGCUACUAG